UGGGAGGACCUGCGUUGAGCCUCUUUGUGUUGAAGCCUGUGAGGGAAGGAACUGAGCAGAACGGAGCUGUGCUGUAUAGUUGCUUGUGUAGCGCCUUGGCUAAACAGCGCAGAAUUAAUCUAUAAAAAUGCCAGAUAACGGCACCGAGGAGGCUGGCCCCAGUACAGAUGAUAUUUGCCGUGACUUCCUGCGCAACGUCUGCAACCGCGGUAAGCGCUGCAAGUUCCGCCACCCAGACGCUAAUGAGAUGUCCACCCUUGGCCUUUUAUCUUCUGAUCUACCUGUUAAUAAAGGUGAGAUUCCGAUCUGCCACGACUAUCAGAAGGGUGACUGUCAAAGAGGGCCCAAAUGUAAGUUCCUGCACGUAAAGCGCGACGAGUAUGGUUAUGAAAACCAAGGUAUGGCGCACAGCCAGGUGUUUUCUCCCUUGGCACGCAGAUAUGACCGCUACGAUGACCUCUACGAUGGCUACGACGCUCACAUGAAGAGGAGAAGGAUGGAGGGCAUGGGGUUUGAAGUAUACGACUACGGCAUGCAAAAUCCUGGCGCAGCUGACUACCGGUUUCUGAAGGAAGAGAAUCUCAUGCUUCAAAAGCGUGUUGAGGAUCUCCAAAAACAGGUGUCAAACCUGAUGGCCACCAAUGAGCUCCUCCUGGAGCAGAAUGCAAAUCUCCGCAACCAAGUGAAGAUGGGAAUGAUGACUCCCAUGACCCCCAUGACCUCCAUGACACCUAUGACACCCACGCCCACUGCAACAGCUGGGAGAUUCACCACCCAGUGACAUUGGAGUUGAUUACGUGAAAGAGGUGUGACUCAACUCCUUAAAUACCUGUUUGUCACUUCAGUAUACUAAUAAAGAAACCUAUGUAGUUUGUCAGAUCUGAGAACGUUGUGCUGGGACUCUGCUUUACAGUUGCAAAUUUACAAAUUGACCAAUAUAAGACCACAAGCUCAAUCAAUCUAAGGCAGUUUUAACAUACCACUACCGUGAAUUUAUAAAUGGACGGGGGUUGCUGUGAUACCCUUUCCAACUUUUCAUUUGGGAGUGGUGGUGAAAUAAGAACAAUAUCGAAGAUUCUGGUAUUGGUUCAUGUUUAUAUCCCAUUUCCCUGCUGUGAACAUUUAAACCAUUUUGCAUAAUUUGACCUUCUUUUCUUGCCUCCACUGUUCACUAAUUUAAAAAAAAGUAUGAAAGAAAGUCUGGGUAUAAUCCAGUGUUGGCUUUGGACAAUUUUCGAAGCAACACAAUUUGAAUUUUACGUCCAUUGACUGCAUUAUGGCCAUACACGCGCAGGUUUGAGUCUUCUCACAGUUUCAUGCAUUUGCUUUUAUGAAAACGUGUUGCAAGACUUGAGGUGCUUGCCAGAUUUAUCUUUGGCAAAACUAGGUAACAGAAGCAGAAGUGAAUUAAGUGGCAAAAUUGGCAACUCAUUGAACCAUCUGUACUGUAAAAUCAUCCAGUGUGUUACGGUGAGAUGCUUUGGUAUGUGUUGCAAGUUGUAAUGGUUUUGGGUACUAAAGGGCUGUAUAAGUCUUGAUCGAUCUUGCUGUCCUGAUCUAUUUUGUCAGCUAAAUCUCGGGAAUGGGAACUUACAGCCCUUCAUAUACCCAAAUCAUCUUUUAAACAUGUAGUUAGCUGCCUCAUGUAUUUGUUACUUUGUAUGUAACUGACCUUUGUGAGAACCAAGUCAAUCAUUUGCCAGUUAGUCAACUGUGCCACAAGAAUGAGGCAUUUUUAAUGCUCUGCAUAAUGGGUAUUGUUGGGUUGGUGGUACUUUGGUCAUUAGAAAUCUGUAUUGUAGUGGGUUGUUUUUUUGCAUUGGUGGGAGCCCAUGGCUCCUCCAUGCAGUUUUUCUGUUAGUCAUCUUGUAUUGCUUUCUACUUUAAAACUCAAAUUUAAAACAAUUGAAUGAGUGUAGAUAUUAGUUGCCAUGUUUUCACUAUGUCCAGUGAAGAGAGAGUUUUGCCUGCUAUUAGUAAUUCCCCAGCUACUGUGCAUAAGUUUUAAAAAUUUUUUCUUGUCACUCUGCUACCCCUAUUGGAGGCCAGAAAUUUAGCCUCAGAAAAUCUUGAUCUUUCUCUGGCUGUUGCAGCAAAUAAAGAGACAACCUUCUUCCGAUUCUCAUCCUCUCUUUGAAGAAACAGCUGGUCUUCAUUCUGCCACUCCAACUGGUAAUGGUGGACAUGGGCUAACCCCUACAGCUACUGUAUUCCUGAUUUCCCUUUGUCCACCUGCUUCCAUCUCCUUCCUUUUGUGCCAUCUUUUAAGCUCAAGGGAUAAAAUACAGCUUUGUGUUGCAAAAUGCAAUUCAUUGCGCUACCACGAGGUAUUGGUGAUGAUGGAUAUCAAGCUAAUACUGCGACUGCUAGAUACUUUUGGAAUUCCUUUCUUGUAGUUUAGGAAUAUUAAUUAUUUUAGUUAUAAUUGGUAUACGGGGAUGGAUGAGUCAUAAUUGAGUGUGCAGUAGAAUCCUGUUUGUGAUAGAUGGGGCACAAUAGCUUAUUCAUCAGAUUUGCAUAAAUGACUCAAAUCAAUUUCUCGCAGCAGGACCUAAAGCAGGUUUUUGCCAUUAAUGUAUAUGAUACAAAUUUCAUGGAUUUAACUGUAGCCUCUUUCAGUUCCUCAAACCACAGUGCUUGAGUAUCGCUUGCUCUUUGUAGUGUUUAUUUUAGAUUCUUACACUGCAACACACCGUGAUACUAUUUACAGUCCUAACUGGCCUCAUUGGUUUAGGAUUCUGGCAUCCAUUUAUCCCCCAUUAUGGUGUUUGUAUGUACUAUGUGAAUUUAGUUCAUUUCAACUUAAAGCUUGGGGUCAAUAUUUAAGCCGUUAAUAUUUCUUCUCCCACCCCUCACAUUUACCUAAAUUGUUGGGCACCACUCAAAUUUAAGUUAACUCUGGGGAGGGUGGUCAGGAGCAGUUCUUGGUCAAUGGCUACUCAUCAGUUAUUGUUAAUCCUUUCCAGUCAAAAAAGAUGUUCAACAGUGUUUUUGCUUGGCUUACAACUCCCAGGCUAUACUGUUGCACCAAGAUUUAUUUAAUGAUUCAGAAAUAAUUAUUAAUUGUAUUUCUUAGUGUAUUUUCACAGUGAAAUUCUUUAUACAGUUUACACAGACCCUGUCAUAAUUAUUGACACAUUUUAUACAAAGGAAUUGUGAUUUUGAUUUGAGGUCUGAGUUAAUGUGGUCAUAGUGAGAUCUGUGCAUCUGGAGAAUGUUGCAGUACUGUGAUAGCGCAUGCAUUCUAUCUGCCAUUGAUCUGAACUGCAAUUCUGUUCCUUCAGUUUAAGUACUGGCUUUUACUACUGAUUGCUAAGUAGUUUCUUUUUAAUUUUACCAUUCAAUGUUUUAUUAUUACUAUGCUACCAAAUUGUUUCCUGCAUUGGACUUAACUUGCAGAGAAGUGGUUAUUCUGAUAUUAGUAAACACUUCAAUUGCCAUCUAGGUAUGCCAAUAAAAUGGGAAACCAUCACUGCUAUUGUUGGGUUCUUUAUGGGCUGGAAAGGUUUAAUGGUACAGUAUGUGUAUAAUGUGUAUAUAUUGAUUGCUGCAUAAUUCUUUGCUAUGGUUAAUGCUUUUCUAUGCGAUUACAUGUAGACUGUUCUUUCCCAUGGUUAAUCGUUCCACUGAUGCAGACCUCCAGGACAGCAGAACCUAUAGAGUCCUAAACUAAGUGUACUUCGUUUAAUUGUAGAUCUUUUAAAGCAAAAAUGUGUUCACCUUCAUUUCUAUGGAAGUCUGUUGAGUGUAUAACAAUAAAGCAAAUUUUCAUUUGUGAA